GCCCCGCCGCCGCCGACUGUUGUCCGCCGCCCGCCGCCGCCGCCGCCAUCAUGUCCCGCCGCCCGCUGGGGGCCCCGCGGAGCCGAGAGGAGCGGCCGGGCAGCGCCGCGCAGUUGUGAGUACCGGGCCCGGGCGGAGCGGCGCGGGCCGGCCCGGCGCUCGCCCCCUCCCGGCGGAGGGCGGACCGGGGCGGGCAGCGCAGCGCUGCCGCCGCCGCCGUGUUCCCGGGCGGCUCGGCAGGGCCCGGCCGAGCAGGGAGCGACCCGGCAGGUCCAGCGUGAAAAGAUGGAUUCACAGAGAAAAGUUAAUCAAAUCAAACACCAAGAGAAGCCACAUUGGAAACAAUACUUGGAAUUAAGGAGAAAAUUUGGUCUCUCCAAGGAGGAGAGAGUCUACCUUAAGAGAAUACCACUGAUAACCUCCAGUGAGAAACCAGAUGAAAGGGUGUGUUCCAGUAACAGCUUGAAAACGGGAAAUGACUCUUGCAGUUCAUCAUCAUUAAAUGUGACAAUAACAAAUCAACAUCAGGAAUGUGUUAAAAAGGAAAAGAUAAUUGUGGAUCUGGAAGAUUCGUCGAAAAAAAGAAAAAUAAAAUCCUCAUCAGUGUCAGACAGUGCAAAGAGAAGGAGAACAUCAAUCAAAUCAACCACAAGUUCAAAUUCAGAAGAUACUGGCCCAAGUUCCAUCCUACUUAACAGAAGUGCUUCCCCUCCACCAGUCUUACUGCAGCAGAGUAUUUCCACGGACUUUGUUACAUCCUCUGUAGGGAGGCACUCUGAGCAAGAGACGAGCUCUCAAAAUAGUGAUGUCAUAGACUCACAUAUUCCGGUUUUAGUGUCUUGUGAAGAUCAUACUUCAGUUUUUGAAGGUUCUUUCAGAGAUGAUGCUUUCCCUUUGACUCCGCCAGACUUGGAUGAAACAAUCCGGGAUGAAAAGAUAAAACGACUUAAACAGCUCUUAAGAGAACGAGAAGCAGCACUUGAAGAGAUGCGGAGAAAAAUGCAGCAAACCUGAAAUACUGCAGGUGGUGAUCUGGACCAUAUUCAUCUUCAUUUCAGCGAUUUCAAGAAGAAAUAGUAUUUAAAUGAACAUGAAUAUUUCUGGUAGAGAGAGGAUCGUUUAAGAUUUCUUUAAAAAUUUACUAUAUAAAUGUAGUGAAGUACAGGGUUCCUGUACUCUAAAGACCAGAAAUAAGACUUGGACAUCAUAUUCUGCUUCUGGGACAUGUACGCAUAUCGAAGAAUGCAGAAGAGAAGUGUUUUUAUUAUUUUUAGUAUAUUCUCUAUAUUUUGAAUUAAAGGGGUUUCUGUAUUAGCCCUAGAGAAUAAACUUUCCCAUUUUGGAAAUUUGUGGCUUAUCUCUUAGAAUCUGAAUGCAAAUUGUAAAUUGUAAAUAUUUUUUGUUUUCCUACUAUUUUAUAAUGCAUGUCAACUUUUGUGAAUCGUUGAGAACUGUCAAAUGUCAUAAAAGGUCAAUGGUCAGCGGUUAAUAAAUGCUAUUUAAGUGGUCUGGGGGUUAGACUUCAGGCAGUAAUAAUACUGAUAUUUAUAAAAACAAAUAAAAACUACUUUACAGAUGUGAAGAUGGAAGCAGUACUAACA